CUUAUUCUCACUCAUUCCCUCUCUUUCCUCAUCAUUCUCUUUCAUGUACCACCGAGCAUGCCCUGCAUCUUGAAAAUCAGGGUCGUCGGAGCAAGGGAUCUGCCCGUCAUGGACAAGGCCUCGGACCUGACGGACGCCUACGUAGAGGUGCGCUUUGCCGAUUUCGAGGCUCAGCGGACUACUGUCUGUCGCAAGACACUCAACCCUGUGUGGAACGAGGACUUCAGAUUUGAGGUCACUGACGAUGCUGAUCUUCAGAACGAACCUCUGGAGCUCAAGGUGCUCGACUACGACGCCAUCACUGCAAACGAUUCUGUCGGCUCUGUCUUUAUUGAUUUAAAUCCCCUAUUGCCGGUCAAUUCGCCCUGGCAGAUCGCUGGAUGGUUCCCAAUUUAUGACACUAUUCGUGGCGUGCGAGGCGAGGUCAACGUCCAAGUCAAGCUUCAGUUCUUCGGCGAUGUCAACCCCUUUAAGGACUCUUCAGCAGGAAUCAUGUUUUUCUCAACGACAUCCUUGCCUGCUGGAUACCAGAUAGUAGCCAUGCACGGCUUUGUGGACGCCAUUGUGAACGAGGACGACCCUGAAUAUCAUUGGAGCGAUAGCUUUCGUACACAGCGAUCGUCAAACGAAGCCCGUCAGAGACUUCUCUUCCGACUUUCGGGGCAACUCCGUCGAUUGCUGGGCAAGGAGACAUUGGAUAUGGGCGGAAACGCCGUUCUAGGCUAUCAGCAAUGUUUCGACUUGGAGAGCGAGGAACAUGCCAUCACGGCCCGUGCUGUUGGUACUGCCGUUAAAAUCGCCAUGGUUUCCAGUUCGUCGCCUCAGUUCAUCGACAAGCUGCAACCGGUCACCCUGAACGAUCUUCACGCGGAUGAUAUCCUUUCAUCGACACGGGAAGCCGAGCAGGGUUCUGGCGCCAUCAGUGCUGGGCCCAGUCCCGACAGCAUGUUACCUGCAUUGGUACAGAGGAGACGCGGUUCGUCACUUUCAAGCGAUAGCAGUAGUAGCACGGAUUCUGCACCAUCGGUCGCCAGUGGGGCCAGGAACAGCAUCAAUAAUUACAAGUAUCUGGAGCAACAAAUAUUUACGCUCCACGAAUUCCCGCCAGGCACUGUAUUCAACUUGGGUGGCAUUGUGAGCGCGCGAUCUGUAAAACUGAUUGAGAAUGAUGAUGUCGAAACACGCGACGCUUGGUGGAACGAGUUGCGGGACGAAAUCAAGUCGCACGCGCGAGUACUGGGCUGCUCCCACAUCAUUGGCUAUCAAGAGGCAGCGACCAUCAACGACGAGCUCAUUGUGCUUUCUGCAAUUGGCACAGCCGCCAAUCUGGAUAUGACCGCAUUCACACCUGGAUUCUUCGAGGUCGCCAAGAACCUGUCACGCUCGGGAAGCAUUAGUCGGUCGUACGCUGAUAACCCGGUGGACAGUCUUCCCACACCGAUCACCACCAAGGCCAGCUUCCAGAAUUCUCUCAAGGAGCAGCAAUGGAUGGAGAUGCUAGCCAAGCGCAAAAGCAAGAGGAAACAGCCGUCUGCCUGCAGAAUGUGUCAUAUCCCAUUCUAUCGCAAGUCAUCACCAUUUCCUAUGAGUCUGGUCAAGUGUCAGAAGUGCAAGAAGAAGUACGUUCCUGAGAUCCUGCUUAGCACUGUAGAGCCGCCGGCGGAGCUGGGCGUGGUAGGACAGAGCGCCUUUGUGGAGGCACACGUCUGUCGGGCCAAGAAAAGAAAGGACGGGGAGUCGAAUGCGACUAUUGUGAGCGAUGCUAUACCAUUCGUGGAAUACGACUUGCAUCGACAGCUUAUGUACAAGCUUAAGAUUCACGGUCUGAAUGCCAUUUUCGGCCUGCGGUUCCAGGUAACGGUGGGAGACUCUCUCAUUGUCGCUGUCGCCUCCGGUACGGCGAUGUACCUAUCCGCUCUACCAACACCGCCAGCACUCAGAAUCUCCAGAAACCUCGAUGUGAUUGAUGAGGAGGACAAGAAGCUGCUGGAAAUGCAGCGCAAGAUCAUGGACCUUUCAGAGACGAACCGACAGAACCUAGAGGCUGCUAAGCUGCGGGAGCAGGAGGAUGGUGAGCCAGGGGCGCCGUCGACCCUUGCGGACGGAGCCUCGACAGGUCAGCCUGAGGACGACAGCUCCGGAUCGAGCUCGGACUCUGAGGACGAGAACGAGAAAGAUAACUAUCAGACCAACGUGGUUAUUCAGAUUGACGACGACGCUGAUGAAGACUUGAUGGCUGUGCUGCUGGACCCAGUAUUUACGGAUGGAUUUUUGCUUUGCAGCACUGAGACCCUCCCCAACCAUCCGUACUUUGUCAGCACGGACCCGAUGAUCCCAGACAACGCUCAUCUGAUCACGACAGUCAAGCAGGGCCAUAUCAACAUGAUCUCUCACCAUCCCAAUCGACAGCUGGCAGCCCUCUUCCGAUCCAUUUACGAGGACCUUCGCUUCCGGCUGUCCUACUUCACGGACUGUGUGUUGGCGGGCAUCACAUACAACAUUCAAUUGCCAAGGUCUAACGAGGUUCAAAUCCAACUCACAGCCGUAGCUCUUGGGCAGCAGCGCCAGACAGACGCCCUGGAGCCACUGGGAGUGCCGAUCACUCUUUCUCCAUGGAGGUCCGUGCCUGGAUCGACUGCUUUAUCCGCCAAUCAUUCUAGAUCAGGGUCCGAGAACGGACCCCGGCCUUCGAGCGUAUCUUCCGGUCGGCCACUGAUCGCAUCUGUUGAGGACUCGAUGGUCUUCCAGAUGGAUGAGUGCCAAACAUCGGACUCUCCACGGGAAACGUCGCCUUCCAGUCAGUCGAACACGCCAAUCAGCGCUCUUACGGACCUUAGCACCCGAUCAGGCGCGGUUCAUCAGCUGGCGACGCAGCCGUCACGCCAUACUAUUCUUGGAUCAACCUCUGCCACUGCUCCCACCACUCCUGCGCAAGAGUGCUUCGCUCCCUUGCCUGUCACUGACAGCGGACCCAGCACACCAAUAGAGGGGCCAAGUAAUAUUCAGACGGCCGUAAAAUCGCAUGAUAGCCAAGAUCAAAUACCGCUUGCCAUGAGCUCGAACUUGGCCCCCCCGUCAAGCCCAACCUAUCGGUCGAUCUCAUUCAACAACAGUGACGCCAGCGAGAAUACAGUGGGAACAGGAACCACAAAACCGGAGCAGCAGCACAACCGCCAUGCACGACAGUCAUCCAUCUCAUCCACGCUCACACGACAGGGUCAGAUGGAAGAGUCCGGCAGAGUGGCGUUUCUACCGAUGAUGCCAGCAGAUCGGCCCUUCAUUGAGGUGACGCCGCUGUCAUUCAUCCCUGGGCGAACACCGACACGGUACUUGGGCAAGCUGUCUCUUCACUUUGUCAAGGAAACGCAUAUUUUACACGAUGCGACAGUUUCGAGUGGUAUGGGCGGAUUCGUACACGUUUUUCUGAUGGAGAUUCAGGCUGUGGCAAGGUCGCACGUGGCGGCGCUGGGUGGAGAUGCGAUUGUUGGUCUUCGAGUGGACGAGAGUUUCUUCCAGGAGAGUGUGAAAAAUCAGGGAUAUGCACUCAUAUCAAUCAGUGGAGACGUUGUAGGAUGUGCGUUAAAUGACCGGGAAUCGAGUAGUUCUACCUCGUCGGACACAGAGGACGCUGAGAACGGGAAUGAAGAUGAAGGAAAAGAGGAGGAGGACGAGAUGAAUGAGGAAAGUAGCACUGGUAGGCCCAGACUGGAUGGCACGCGGAGUAUACCUCGAGACACUUCAGUGAUGUCUGGAUGGCAGAGCAAUCAAAGCAUCGAGAGUGUCGACAUUCCUUCGUCCACGCUGCCAAUAUUUGAGCCGACAAAUACUUGAAUGAGACUACACAUGUAUGAUAUGCAUCCUGUAACAAAACUAACUGCUCUGCAAACUGCCGGAAUAAAUUUGCAAUGCACGUUACAACAAC